CGCAGUGCCAUGUUACGGUCGGCCCGUGUGGUGGACCCUGAACCCACCUGCUACGUCAUGCUGCUGGCGGCCGACAAAAUGCGAGCACCUUUUUGAAACUGUUGGAUGUUGUUGGAUGGGGCAACUGUGGAGUUUUUGGGCCCUGGUGGCAGCGUGGUGCUCGAGCGACGGGGCUGGUACGAUCCCGUACGAGAACGGAUCGGGAUCGCUCACUGGCUGCUGAGAUGGAUUUGGGAGAGCAGUGAUGCAAUGCGUGGUUGAGCAUAGAAGAAUGCAGAAUUUUUGCUAGAGGCAACCAUGGCGAAGAGCGGUUGCGUAUAUGUAGCAACCUGGCCGUGGGCCGCGCCGUGACCUCAUCUGUACCAUAACAUCAUAUCUACAGCUUGGGCAGGAACUCAGUUGUUGCAUUCACCACCUACCACACACACUCUCUCACAGCAUACACACUCACAGCAUACACACAGCCAUCACCAUGGGUAUCCAAAACAACAAGGUCUACAAGCUCUCCAACGGUGUCGAGAUCCCCGCUGUGGGCUUCGGCACCUUCGCCAACGAAGGUUCCAAGGGCGAGACAUACAAGGCCGUCACCAAGGCCCUCGAGGUCGGCUACCGUCAUCUCGACUGCGCAUGGUUCUAUCAGAACGAGGAUGAGGUUGGCGAUGCCGUCCGCGACUUCCUCAAGGCCAACUCCAGCGUCACCCGCAAGGACCUCUUCAUCUGCACAAAGGUCUGGAACCACCUGCACGAGCCCGAGGAGGUCAGGUGGUCGAUCCAAAACUCGCUCGAGAAGCUGAAGAUGGACUACAUCGACCUGUUCCUCGUGCACUGGCCUAUCGCCGCCGAGAAGAACGAGCAGAACAUGCCCAAGAUCGGCAGCGACGGAAAGUACAUCAUCAAGAAGGACCUCACCGAGAACCCCGAGCCAACAUGGCGCGCAAUGGAGGAGCUCUACAAGUCCGGCAAGGCCCACGCCAUUGGCGUCUCCAACUGGACCGUCUCCGGUCUGCAGCAGCUCCUCAAGAUCGCCGAGGUUAAGCCCCACGUCAACCAGAUCGAAAUCCACCCCUUCCUACCCAACGAGGAGCUCGUCCAGUUCUGCCUCGCCAACGACAUCCUGCCCGCGGCCUACUCGCCCCUCGGCUCCCAGAACCAGGUCCCCAGCACCGGCGAGACGGUGCGCCAGAAUAAGACACUCAACGAGGUUGCGCAGCGCAGCGGCCACGAUCUCGCUCAGGUCCUGCUCGCGUGGGGUCUGCAGCGCGGAUACGUCGUGCUGCCCAAAAGCUCGACCGCGAGCCGUAUCGAGAGCAACUGGCAGAUUCCCACACUCAGCAAGGAGGACUUCGACGCUGUGCAGAAGGUCGCCGAGGGCAGGCACACGCGCUUUGUCAACAUGAAGGAUACAUUUGGCUACAACGUCUGGCCUCAGGAGACCGACGGUGGUGAGAUCAAGGCUUAAGUUACUGCCUUGGGUCUUAAGAUAAUGCCUGCGAUGCUAGAAAGGCGUUGGGAUUUUGAUUUUAGCGAUACCAAAAGUCUAUUGUUGACUUGUAGAUGAGAUAGAGCUCAAAGAGUAAUCGGAACAUACCAAUCGUACACAGAGAAUCCGGUUUUGUGGUGUUGUCGUGUUGCGGUCGUGAAAUCGUGAGAUUGCUACACACCUCACGCGGGGCAGCUUCACGAUCCGUCAGAGCAGCACCGAGUGCUUUACGACUGCAUCAGCGACCGCAACUCACUAACCCAAGACUUCCUGCUUCCUACACAAAGUGGAAAUGCGCUACAUGAACGUACACCGAGGAGACAUCUCACUUUGCCAUGUGUGGCGGCACAACAACCAUAACCUCUCUAGGU